AUGGAUUGGCAAAACUGGUGUCGACUUUGUGGUAAUAAUGAGACAAUUAUAAAAAUUGAACCAGAAGUUGAGGAACUGGCUUCGAAAUUAAAUAUACUGGAGCAUAAUUUUAAAAUUUGUGUAGAAUGCAAUGCUUUCCUAAGCGAAAUUUAUCAAUUUGUAGCAAGAAGCAAAUUGAUUGAUGCGAUGUUUUUAGAACUUGAACAACUUGAUCAUCAACAACCAGUCGAUCAAUUCACAACAAUUGCAGAAGAAAAUGUCGAGACAAAAAAUUUUACAAACGAAUUUGAGUAUGAUAAAUCAAUAGCCGAUGUAAGACAAAGAUUUGGCCUUAAACCACUUGAAAUGCCUGUUGAAAUGUUAGCAACAACUUUAUUUGAGGAACCAAAUGUUGUUAUUGAUUCAGUGGAAAUUAAAUUAGAAAGUGAAUUAGGUGACUUCGAGGCUAAUGAAUUAUUAUCAGAAGAUCAGGAUCUAAGUGAAAGUUCAGAAGAAGAAGAGGAUAAUUCUGAGAUUGAGCAAUUAAGUGAUUCAAAAUUCAAGAGACACAAAGAUUCCAUUCGAUACCAAGACGGGGAAGGCGAUGAAGGAGAAGAUUCGACAGAUUCGGGUGGUGAAGAACGGAAGAAUGCUAAAAAGUAUCAAAAAUCAGAAGCAGAGAAACUUUAUGACUUUGUUUGUCAUAUUUGUAAAAAGGAAUUUGAUAAAAUGUGCUUCCUCACGAGACAUUGCCGUAGAGUUCAUAAAUGUAUACCUCAAGUAAACUGCUUUUGUGGAAAGCAACUUGGUACCUGGAAACGUCUUCUUAUACACAAACAACUUCAUUUCCCUGAGAAAGUUGAUUACGAAUGUAAAGAGUGCAAAUUAACUUACAAACUGAAAGCAUCGUACGAGAGUCAUAUGAAGAAAAAGCAUGGACCAGACGCUAAGAAGUUUGUUUGCAGUCAAUGCGCAAGAUGUUUCAAAAAUUCCCGAAUCUUAGCAUCUCAUGAGAAGACACAUUUGCCUGAUGAUCUUAAAUUAACCCAUCUUUGUGUUAUUUGUAAUAAAAAGUUUGUUAACAAGAAUUCAUUAAAAUCCCACAUCACGAGCGUCCACGAAAUGGCGAAUCUUUACACAUGUGAAACAUGCGGGAAAGGCUUUUCAACCAAAUCAAACCUUAAGUCUCAUCUUUAUGUGCAUUCAGACAAGAAAGACGUUCAAUGUGAUGUUUGUUCAGCACGAUUUAAGAACAUGGACAGUCUUAGAAAGCAUAAAAAGUCACAUUUAGAAAAGUCACAAGUUUGCAUAAUUUGUGGCAAUGUUUAUAGAAAUCGAAAUAAUUUGAAAGCUCACAUGGUUUGUCACUCGAAUGUCAAAGCUUUUCAAUGUACGUUUUGUCCGAAUUCUUAUAAAAGAUCAAAAGAUUUGAAAUGUCAUUUGAAUCUUCAUACUGGCGAACGUCCAUAUCAAUGUCAGUUCUGCUCAAGAACUUUCGUCAACGGGUCAAAUUGUCGUAAACACAAACUCAAAGAUCAUCCUGAAGAGCUUGCUGCAUUCGAAUCUAUUCAUGGUCGUGGAAAAUCAGCAGUUCAAGCACUCCAAACAAUUCACACACCGUAAAAAUCGCCUUAAGCUAAUUAUUUGCAAGAUAAAAAAAUAAAAAGAGAAAUUUUAAUC